GCACAGCCCGACUUGCGCCGAUCGGUGGCCAAGCCCGGAGCUGACCUUCUUCAACGGCCUUAAGCGGACGGUGGGGCCGAGCACGAGAGCCGAGCCGAGCGAUCUGCGCGGUGCCGUAGGGCGCUAGGGCAGCUGCAGGAUGGUGCUGACGCUGUCGGCUCGGCUCUUUUGCUCGGCGCGGAAAAAUAACGGCGGCGUGCUGUCGGAAGAAAGCAAAGGUUUUUUUUCUCCCGCCCCGCGGAGCGUAAGUGGCAGGCGACAUGCUGCCCCGAGGGUGUGUCAUUUUUGCUUUACGACAGGAACGAGUGAGCACAAUGUAGUUGGGGCGCGGCGGCGCCCAGAUUGGCCCGGGGCUCACGAGGCGGGGUGGAGGGGAGAAAGCAGAAGAAAGAGGAAGGUCCUGCAGAAGAAGGCUCGCAUUACUCGCACUGGUCGUAUUGGUCGUGUUGGUCGUAUACGAGCUGGCACAGCUGGGCGCAGGCAUAAGGGGCUUGGCGUCGACGGAUGACGGGGAUACACAAGAAUAAAGGAAAAUUCAAGUUUUCUAUGUAGUAGGCAGUUUAUGCAAUUGGUAUAUGAGUCUACGCCGGGGUUACACACCGGAGCUGAUGACGGAGAGGGCAAAGCCAGUGGCAAAAAAGGGAAAUAGGAGAUUAGCCGAGACAAGGGUCCAGGAAUUAGCGAAAGGUAACUCCGACGGCCCAAUGCGGUAGGGGAAACAUAGAAAGUG